CCGGGGAAGGACGUGCGUUUUGUGUCCUCGUCGUUGUCAUCGUUUCAACUACUACUACUACUACUGCUCCUGCUGCUACUUCGUCUGCUGCUACUUCACCUGCUGCUACUACUGCCGCUGCUGCUACUCUCGUUGUUGUUGUUAUUGUUACGCUGAUUCGUGUUGUGACUGAACUUUCCUUUUUCGAACCCCGUGAACAGAAGGUAAAGAUGAACGAUUAGAGAGGAGAAAAAGGAAAAGAAAGGAGAAAGGAAAUACAAAAAAAGUGAACAGAAAGACGAGAAAGGAAGAUAAAAAAGAAACAGGAAUAGAAAAGACAAAUAAUAAGAAGAAAAUAAAGAAAACAGAAAGAGAGCAUAUAUUACCUCCAAGAAAGAAAGAUUAGGAAAGGAAAGCAAGAACAGAAUAAAGAAAGAAGACCAUUUGUUGAGAACGAAAAGAAUAAGAAAGUAAGGAAUAAGAUAGAUAAGUAAAGCAAGAUAAGGCAAAUCAAGUAAUAAGUCUUCAACCUUUUCCCUCCGUCCCGUGUAUAAGGUGAAAACAAAGCCAAUAAUAAUCAAAAGUGUUAAUUAACCUGUUGUUGUUACCUGUACAUACCACCGCGACCCUCACUCACUCGCGCACCUGUGUUGAACUUAUACCUAAACUAAGCCUGUUAAAAAAAUAAGUGUAAAAAGUGUCUUCGUAUAAAAAAUUAAACAAAAAAACAGCACUAAAAGAAAACGGGAGACAGACGAACACGUAAAAAUAAACAAUAAAAGAAAAUAAGACAGAUAAACAAAACAAAACAGAAAACUAGAUAAAAAACAAAACAACAACAACAAAAAACAAACAAACAUCAACUCAAAGGAAAUGAAAGCCUAGAAGAUCCAAACUGUAAACAAACACAUAAACAAACAAGUAAGCAGUAGACAAGCAAGUAACAGAAGAGGAAGUAUAAACAAGAAAGCAAUCAACCGAAAAAGCACCACAAACAAACAAGCAAGCAAGCAAACAACCCCCAAACAGUGAAAUCUUGAAGAAAAUCGCCUCUACGGGAGUGUGGCGCCGAGGUGAGCCGUGAUUGGCUGAGCAGUGAGUUGCCUGUGACGUCACGCUGUGCUGUGAUUGGCGGGCGUGAUGGCGACGGCGGUGGUGAACGGCGAUGACGUCAUGGAGAUGGGGCGGGUCUCCUCCUUCAAGCUGGGAGACAGGGUGGUGGAGGCAACAGCGUCUGGGUUCAAGGACAGGACCAAGCGCCGGUUCUCCCUUCCCGCGGGGCCCCGGUUCGAUUCCCGCCGCUCCUCCACAGUCUCCAUCUGCUCCUCUACAUCCUCCUACACGGGUUCCAGCAGCGAGGAAGAUGAGAUCUCCCCGCGCGAGAAGUCCCAGCGGAACAGCAAAGGCUCGUCGGACUUCUGCGUCAAGAACAUCUCCCAGGCCGCCUUUGGACGCAGGGAGAUCGAGAUUGCGGAACAGGAGAUGCCGGGAAUCGUGGCCUUGAGGAAACGAGCGGCCGACGACAAGCCUCUGAAGGGCGCCAAGAUCGUAGGCUGCACGCACAUCAACGCCCAGACCGCGGUGCUGAUCGAGACCCUGGUGGAGCUCGGGGCCAGCGUGCGAUGGGCGGCCUGCAACAUCUUUUCCACCCAGAACGAGGUAGCGGCGGCGCUGGCGGAGGCGGGCCACCCGGUGUUCGCCUGGCGCGGGGAGAGCGAGGAGGACUUCUGGUGGUGCAUUGACCGCUGCAUCAACACGGAGAACUGGCAGCCCAACAUGAUCCUGGACGACGGCGGGGACACUACCCACCUCAUGCUGAAGAAGUACCCGGCCAUGUUCAAGAUGAUUAAGGGCAUCUGUGAGGAGAGCGUUACUGGCGUGCACCGUCUCUACCAGCUGAGCAAGGCAGGCAAGCUGACGGUGCCGGCCAUGAAUGUGAACGACUCUGUGACCAAGACCAUGUUUGAUAACCUCUACUCGUGCCGGGAAUCCAUCAUUGACAGUCUGAAGCGAGCGACAGACGUCAUGUUCGGCGGCAAGCAGGUCGUGGUGUGCGGCUACGGAGAGGUCGGGAAGGGAUGCUGCCAGGCUCUCAAGGGUCUCGGCUGCACUGUCUACGUCACUGAGAUUGAUCCUGUGUGCGGACUUCAGGCCUGCAUGGAUGGGUUCCGGGUGAUGAAGCUGUCCGAGGUGAUCCGUCAGGUGGACAUCCUGGUGACAGCGACGGGCAACAAGAAUGUGGUGACGCGCGACCACAUGGACAAGAUGAAGAACGGCGCCAUCGUCUGCAACAUGGGGCACUCCAACACCGAGAUUGAUGUGAACUCCCUGCGGACCCCAGACCUGACGUGGGAGAAGGUCCGCUCCCAGGUGGACCAUGUCUUGUGGCCCGACGGCAAGAGGAUCAUCCUGCUGGCGGAGGGACGGCUCGUCAACCUGUCCUGCUCCUCUGUCCCGUCCUUCGUUGUCUCCAUCACCUCGUGCACACAGGCGCUGGCCCUCAUCGAGCUCUUCAAUGCUCCCGCCGGCCGCUACAAAUCUGACGUGUACCUUCUGCCCAAGAAGAUGGAUGAGUACGUGGCCAGCUUGCACCUGCCCACCUUUGAUGCUCACCUGACGGAGCUCACUGAUGACCAGGCCAAGUACAUGGGGCUCAACAAGGCCGGGCCCUUCAAGCCUAACUACUACAGGUAUUGAUUGAGCCUUGAAGGUGCAUAAAGAAGGAGGUGGAGAAGAAGAAAGAGAAGAAGAAAGAAGAGACAGAUGAUGAGGAAGGGAAGAGGGGAGGCAAACUGCAUGCGUACAGAGACAACCGGCAGAGGAGAGACAAGAGCAGCUCGUAAGACAACCAACCUCCACACCUCUUCUUCCCUCCCUCCUUCAGAAUCUCUUUCAAAAAAAGACAAAACAAAAAAAGCUAAAAAAAUAAAAGAGUAUAUAGUUGUACAUACAUAAAUCUUGGGUGGGUGGUGCGGGCGUUGUUGUUAGGAGACAUUAUACUUAUGAUAUAUAUAUAUUAUAUUUUUCUCUUGUCUAGCUUGCCUAAGUGUGAGUUAUGGAUGGUUGCGGUCCUGUCUGUUGAACCGACCACGCAGCUGGACGGCUGGUGGCUGCGAUUUUUCGGGGUGGGCGGGUCAGGGAGGGCGGGGAGGGAAGUGGGAAAGGACUUAAAAUUCACUAUAUAUAUUUUUCACAGUUUCUCGCAACAAAAUUAAUCGCCACAACAACCUUCAGUUCUACAUCAUCGUCAUGGAGGCCUCACGUCUCUUACCAGAGUCACCUGUUGCAAAGUUUUAUGGCUUUCACUCAGGGUCUUGUUGUAUAUUAAAAGAUAAAUUGCUACAAAGACUUUCAUCGUUCUCAAUUGGGGUUUGUUUAUAUGCAACGCUACCGAUGCGAUAACUGUUGAUUUAUAAGACUUUUACUGUGGGAGAUCUUUUAAGCAGGCCAUAGAAGAAUAUAUCUAUUCCUGUUUCCCCAAAAUUUAAUAUAUUUCAAAGAACUGUUAGGUUGAGAGAUUAGAUAUAUAUUUUUCCUUUCUUAGCCUGAGCGCCUGUAAUCAUGGAUACCACACACUGGACAGGCCAGCAGAAGAAUUUAAUGCCUCAAAAACAAAACAAAAAAUGGUACACUAGGUAUAUUUUCUAAGCGCCGUCGCAAUCAGUGGGGAGUGUGUGGCGGCGGGCGGUGACGCGGCUCCGGGGUCGUCUGAGCUGCGUGAGCCCACCUUUGGCAGACUUUCCGAGCAAUAAGACAACUGAGACAGGACGAGGGCGACGCAGCUCAGGCCUCGGACACAACAUAGAGUACCGGAAGUCGGCGUUUUAUUUUUUAUCCUUCUGGACCACAUGAACCCAAGAUACUGCCAAGCUACGUCCUUAAGCCAUAGCCGCUGGUCCUCCGUUCAAGCCGUCUCUUCCUACGAUAUAUCCAAGACUGUCACUGCUGCUGCCACCACCACCACCACCAUGUCGUGUGUGACCGGCCGCUGCUGUUACGAAUGAAUGUGUUAUAAAAUGUCCGCAUAUAGGAACCACUGAGGCAGGCCACGUACAUAUAAACGAGUGUCUUGCGUUGAGUGGAUGUGAUGUUGAAGGGGACAAAUAGCUCAAUAGAUGAUCCUCCCUUUUUUUUAAUUUCCCUCGUCCGUUUCUUUUUCCAACUUGAGGUAAUGCCGGUCAUUAUUCGCUUCACGGGGCAGACGGAUAGAGUUUUCACUGGUGUGUUUUGAAGCUUUCCGAGGGUGGCUGUUGAGUUGAUAAGACGAGAACUACAGGACAAAAUUAAAAGCCGAGAAGGAAAUCAAUGAAAUCACCGGGCUUCUACGUUAGUUUUACGUCAAAGAACCAGACAUUUAUCAUUGCCAAAAGCUGUACAGACAAAACAGUAAACAAAGACCAACAGGACCAUGGAAUCAAAGGUAUUUUACAUUAGGUCACGUCAAAGAACCAGACAGUUCUCAUUACCAAGAGCUGUACAGACAAAACAUAAGAGUAAAACCAGACCAACAGCACCAUGGAAUCAACGGUUUUAUACAUGAGUUUUCCUUGAAGAGCCAAACACUUAUUGCCAAGAGCUGUACGGACAAAACUUAACGUAAAGAAAGACCAACAGCACCACGGAAUCAACGGUUUUAUACAUGAGCUUUCCUUGAAGAGCCAAACACUCAUCAUUGCCAAAAGCUGUACAGACAAAACAUAAUGUAAACAAAGACCAACAGCACCACAGACUCAGCGGUAUUAUAUAUUCAGUUUCCUUGAAGAACCUGACACCUAUCAUUGCCAUCUCUAGACUGCCCGAGCGAAAGACGCCGAUGGUGAAUAAUACAUAACGGAAUAAAUAGUCUUAGUUUUGUAGUGUAUACAUGCAGUGCUUUACUCCAGUAGGCUGUGGCGUCCCUCCGGGGAAGGGCUGCGGAGCCUCUAGAUAGCUGAGGCUGGCCGCUAGGCAAGGUCAGCACUAGGGAAUACUAUUACUACUACUACUACUGCUACUGCUACAGGAAGUUCACGUCUGGCCUGGUUGACUUUAUGCUUGUUUACGUAACGCUUUCCCGACAAACUGGGUGAGUGAUGGAUGUGAUGUGGAUACAGAUGCCUUCCCUUCUAGUUAAUGUGCUCUUAGUAACGUGUUCUUUUGCCAAAAUACACACAAAAUACAUACAAAAACACAUGCAUACACCCACACACACAUAUGCACAUACACUCACAUGCAAAUUCUCCCCCCCCCCAACACACACACACACACACACACAAACGCAUCAUCCCAUGUAGAAGACGCAUGAGUUUUUUUGGUCACACAAUUUGCCGGGAAAGUCUCAGGAUGUAAGCGUAAAGUAGCUGUCUUGGGCCGGGAUGAAUGGACUUGCUGUAACCUCUAUUUUAAGACUAUUAAUUCUUUCUUUCCACAAAGCUACGUAUGUUAAGUGUUAAGUAAAGGAGUAAUGGGCUGAAACGCCAAGGUAAUGAGGUUUCAAGAUUUACCGAGUCACCUGAAAAUUGGGUUCCGAGACAACGAUCGAGGACCUUGAGGGUGACGUGACCUGACCUUUGUUGACCUCACCGGAGCUCGCCGGGCCGUGUGGUUGGUGAGUCUUUCCUCCAAUCACCUCUUUCCUUUGUCACUCAGAAACGCUACAAAUAAAACUUUUUUCCUUGUACGUGAAGAAUAUUUUUGUAUCGUAACUUUUCUUUGUAAGAGUUUAUUUUUCAUGCUUUGUUUUUUGGGGUUGUGAGGUCAGCAGAGGUGUUGGCCUUUUGAUUAAUGUUACUUUACUUAUAUAUAUUUUGUGUCUUUUAGUAUUAUUUUUAACCGGAUAUUCUGAUUCACAUUGUCGGUAAGGUGUCAACAUAAUAUUUUCGGUUACUCUUAAAAGUGUUCCAAUUCAGAGUUAAGUUAUUUGGUCAUGAUGUAAUAUUUUCUCGGAACUUUUAAAAAUAUGAUUCACAGAUUCGCCUGAUUACGUAGUGGGACAUAACAACACUGUAUAAAAUAAUGAUAAUACCAGGAACUUGAAAUUUUUAGGUUAAUAUCAACAGCAGUUUUUUCUUAUGACUUAGACGUAUGUAUUAUUUAAUUUAUAUUGUUACAUCAGGAGUAAUAUUUGUGGGUCACAGUGACGUGCAUUGUGGUGAGAACUAGCGGUAACCUCAUGGCCACCAAUCAUUGUCUAGUGUCUGAGUCGGCUGUGAGUCAGUCAGUUGUGUGCAGUAUUGUGUACAUGCAGCCUUUAAAGGACUAUAGAAAGUGGAACAUAACAGUUUCCUUCAAUUAUUACAACUUUGGUUCACGUUCUCCAUCAUUGCUUUCCCACAAUGAGUUUCUCGCCUCCGUUCAUUUGGAGGCGACUGCUGUAAAGUCUCACAGCUUUUCUUUUUGUCUCAGUAUAAUGUUGAUUUCACUGCAUUGUUAAUUAUGAAUCUGUUAAUAAUGUCUUUUAAGAUUUAUUAUUUAAUAUUACUUCUUUUUAACCAUCAAUUCCAUUAAUUAAUGACAUUACUUUUUAUGUUAAUCUUACAUAGUAAAAAGUUCUAUCCUUCAA